AUGUACUUCCUGCGGCAGCUCAGGAAAGCCAAGCUGCCUGCACAGAUGUUGGUGCAGUUCUACACGGCCAUCAUCGAGUCCAUCCUCACCUCCUCCGUCACCGUGUGGUUCGCUGGAGCCACAGUCAGGGACAAACAGAGACUACAGCGCAUUGUGCGCUCUGCAGAGGAAGUGAUCGGCCGCAGCCUUCCAUCGCUGCAGGACCUUUGCCUUGUUGGCUUCUCUCGGGUCGCCUCAGCUCUGGGCAGGAGGGGGGAUGGGGAUGGGGGUGAGGGGUGGGGGUGGGUGGCCGGUCUCAGGAGCCUGUGUGGGGACAAGAGCCAGGUGCUGUGCUGUUAUUGUGAGGGCUGCAGCCGUCAGCUUCCUCCAGUGGAACGCUCUGUUAGUAAACGGCUGAAACUCUAUCCUCUGAACCAGGGGCCCCAUAGGAGGUUACCGUGCCCCUGCCAGCCACUCACCGCGCCUCACACUUCCUCUCAGCUCUGGGUUCAAGAUGGUCUGCGGUGCAAAGCCAGGUCUGACCGCUGCAGCCUCACCCACCUGGUCUUUGUGGCUCUGGUAGUGAUGGUGGCGGUGGAUGAGGCCAAUGGCACUGGCAGAGACAGAAGUGCAGAGGAGACAGGCCGAGACAAGCCGGGCCGAGACAAGCCGGGCCUGCUGCCAGUACUGAAGUGUAGAAGUACAACAGCAAAAGGGGAGCCUUAA